AUGCAGCUAAUCCCUGAAGGUCGGACAGGAUUCUUAGAGCAAGUCAGUCCCAGCCCUCCUCCUUCCUGCCAGCAGCUGCACCCUCCGUGGCCCCUCAAUAAGCCAGGCCCCUUCAGGAUGAGCCCCGAGGGGCACAGGGCCACCCUCAGGGCCUGGAAAGGACACGGGUGCUGUCGGGGGCUGCCCACCCUGGUAGACAACAUCCCCUAUGAGGCCAACCUCUUGCAGGUCAAGACCAUCCAGUCCGCACCUCCUGGGGUCCACUGGGAGGGCUCCUUUGGCAUGUCGGAAGCGAGGAGGCUUAAAGGGAGACCGGAGGUGAACAAUGCAAGAGGAGGCACCAGCACUUCCUGCCAAGGAGGAAGAGCGGCUGGAGAGCUCGGUGGAGAGGAGUGGUGUCAGGGUUCCCAGAGGGGCCUCAGUGUGGCCAGCUGCAAUGGAUGCUACAUUCCUCAAAAAAGAGCAGCAGUGCUGGGAGAGGCAGAGGUGGAACAAAGGACAAGACAGAAAACUAAGCAGAGGACCACCAAGGACAGGUACGGCGGGGAACACGCGGGCUCUGCCCUGAGCCCGGGGCAGGCGGGAGGAACCAAGGGCCGUGUCCCCCACUUCCACCCCUGGAUUCGGCAGGGGAGUGGGGGUGGGGGAGUCCUGGCCUCACAAUUCUCCUUUGGGUUUCUUUACCACGAGACACCGAGAGACAUGGGUUUCAGCCCAUAUAGUCACCAAGACCGACUACACCCAGACAAAUGA